UGAUGCAGCGACCUUCUGUCUGCACCGGUGGGAUUGUCCAAUAAUACUGCACAACACAGAAAAGUCAAUUACAUUAUUUUUUAUUGUUCAGCUGAGAAAAGUCGUCGGACCUUUUUCAACGUUUUCUGGUGAAGAUGCACUGCUGUUGCCAAAGAAGAUUCAGCGUGUUCAAAAUGUCAUCUGCACACAACUAAUCUAAUAAUUAACUCAAUGAAUCAUUGACAUAUACAACACCAGAAGGUUGUGAGUUCAAUACCAGGGCUGCCACCAUUGUGCCCCUGAGCAAGGUACUUAACCCUAAGCUGCUCCAGGGAGACUGUCCCUGUAGUUAGUUCUCUGUAAGUCACUCUGGAUAAGAGCGUCCGCUAAAUGGCCUUUUAAUGUAAUGUAAAUUGACACCAUGUACCAAAAAGUAGCAUAAUUUUUCACCUAAUUUGUUGGAUCUGAAAUAUAAGUCUUUCUAAACAUAAAAUAAUAGAGACAUGGGGGACUCCAACAUCAGCCACAUGGUAGCAGCUUAUACAGACAUGCAGGAGACUCUCCCAACAGGCAAGUUGGAUCAUUACAUGGACAGCUAUGAUAUGGACUAUGGCAUCCCUCCUGAUGAGAUCCCAGACACCACGCAGGGCCAGGCCUUCUUUUUGGCCACCAUUGUUAUCGGUGUGGUGCUUGUCUGCAUUAUGGUUGUCUGUGGAUGCGGAAAUUUCAUAUUCAUUGCCACGCUGACACGCUACAAAAAGCUCCGCAACCUGACCAACCUGCUCAUUGCCAACCUUGCCAUCUCAGACUUCAUUGUGGCAGUGGUGUGCUGCCCGUUCCUGGUGGACUACUAUGUGGUGAAACAGCUUUCCUGGGAUCACGGAUUACUGCUGUGUGCCUCUGUCAGCUAUCUCCGGACAGUGUCACUCUACGUUUCCACAAACGCAUUACUUGCCAUUGCAGUUGACAGGUACAUGGCUAUAGUCUAUCCUCUGAGGCCUCGAAUGAAGUACCAAACUGCCUACUUCCUGAUAACAGUAGUCUGGAUUGUUCCCAUUCUGAUAUCAAUUCCCUCUGCCUACUUUGCCUCUGAGACCAUGUAUCCUCAUGGCAGCUCCCCAACCACUCACAAAGUCUUCUGUGCCCAGAUCUGGCCUGUGGACCAGCAAGCCUACUACCGCUCCUACUUCCUGUUUGUUUUUGCUGUGGAGUUUGUUGGGCCUGUGAUUGUUAUGGCAAUGUGUUACUCCCGAAUUUCCCGCGAGCUCUGGUUCAAGAGUGUCCCAGGUUUCCAGACGGAGCAGAUUAGGAAGAGGUUGCGUUGUCGCCGCAAAACAGUGAUGGUCCUGAUCGGGAUCUUGACAGCGUACAUCCUGUGCUGGGCGCCCUACUAUGGCUUCACCAUCCUACGAGAUUUCUACCCGACGCUCAUCUCCCGGCAGAAGAACUCAUUAGUGGCCUUCUACAUCAUCGAGUGCAUUGCCAUGAGCAACAGCAUGAUCAAUACCUUCUGUUUUGUCAGCGUCAAGAAUAACACAGUUAAGUACCUGAAGAAGAUUGUACUGCUGCGCUGGAGGUCCACUUAUGACCCCCGUAACACUGUGGACGAGAUGGAUAUUAGGACCUCCUCCAUGCCUGUAACAGAGGAGAUUGAUUGCAUUACUUUAAGGUGAAGAGAAGAAAGUCUUUACCAUAACCAUCAUUUAGAUUUUGGAUGUUGAUAUACAGAAGAGUUGACAGUGAUGAUCACAUUUAAAAAAAGGUAUCAAGCAUCCUGUAGCACAAGUAAAGGUCAAACCCUAAACAUUGGUUGAUUACCAACAUAUCUCAAACGUUGAUUGUCAGAAAUAUAUACAGGACUUUCAUUUGAGGUAUUAUGAGAAUGUAAUUGUUGUGCUGUAACAAUACGCUGUGGUAUUGUGAACUGUUGUAGCUCGUAUAUAAUAUCUAUUACAUGUAAGACUUGUGAAUACAGCUUCUACUGCCGUUACUUAUCUACGAUGUUGACUACAGAUAAUCUUUGUAUUCUACGUAUCUUUUUUAAUAUUGAUUUUAGUGAAGUUAAAUAACUAAAUAUUAAAUAUACUGUUUUUAUUCUGGGUUUUUUUGGUCAAUGUUCAGUAAAGAUGUCAUCGUGUGGAAUGUAGAGCAUUGGAAGAAGUCUUUUGAAUGUCUUAAAAUAAUAUUUAUUUUCUUGAGUAUUUAUCCUCAAAAACAAAUACAUUGCAUGCACUUUGUAGACUAUUGUGUUGUAUGUGUGCUUAUGGUAAUAAAAAAAACAGACACUGGAG